AUGAGCCGACGCAACCGCAAGGACGUGGACGAUCUGUUGGCCGACCUCGACAACCUGGGUACCGAGGCGCCCACCAAGCCCGCGCGCAAGUCCGCCGACAAGGGCACCGCCACCCCGACCCCGGCCACAUCCGAUGCCUCGGCCAAGAAGGCGCCCGAAGAUGCACAGACGUUGCUCGACGACCUCGACAGCUUGAUGCAGAGCAGAGCCAACUCGAGCAGCAGGGCUUCCCAGCGCAAAAAGGACGACUCCGCCUGGGCGACUACUGCCGCAGCUGUUGCUUCGGCACCGCCGACCGCUUCAUCCGAAAAGGCAACUGCCGCACCUACGACCAGCGAAACGACAGGCUCCACCGACACCGCAGCGGUGGCCUCUUCGGACGAGAAAGCGGCUGCAGCGGGCUCAAGCGGCGGAUGGUCCGGCUGGGGCAGCUCGCUCUUCUCGCAGGCCACCAAGCUCGCCGACCAGGCCAGACAGGAGUUCGAGAAGCGCGCACCUACGCAGGCCGAGCAGGCGCGCGAACUCGGUAGCAAGGGAUGGGACCUCGCCAAGGGCGUGCGUGGCUUUGUCAAAGAAGCCGGUCUCGAAAAGUGGGGAGAGGAAGUGACCAAGGUGGGCAAGCGCGGGUGGACCGACAUCGUCAAUGCGGUGGCGCCGCCCAUCGCCGCGCACGAGAUCAUCCAGGUCACGCUCAGCCACGACAUGGUCGGCUACGAUGGCAUCUCGGACGUCACCUACCAGACGCUCGCCAAGGUCAUGGAGCAGGUGCAUUCCGACAGCACCGAGCAGCAGCUCGUCGUCAACAAGGCGCAGGCAGAGACCGCGUCCAAGCCCAAGGAGACGGCCGGUGCGGAACAGCCACGCGACCUGAACGCAGUCGAGGGCUUCGCCGCUGCGUUCAGGCUGGCGAGGGUGAGCAUGGACGAAUGCAUCAAGCAGCACGAGGUGGCUCCACCUCCUCAAAGGUCCGCAGAGGCAGCCGCUCUGCCCAUCACCUCAUGUCCCGUCUUUGUUCGCAUCCAGGCGUGCCUCACCGAUCUUCCCGGCGACGACACGGACAAAGACGGCACCGACGCCGCCAAGUCGCUCUUCUUCAUCGUGCUCCUGCGCGAUCCCCAGCACGGACUCAGCCACAAGACCGUCUCACAGGCUGUGCCCACCUCGUGGCUGGAUGUGCCGUUCGAGGAGAACCAGUGGGUGGAAGAAUCGCUCGUCGACGUCCUUUCCAACGCACUCAGCAUCGUCGGCCAGGACUACGUGCAGGGCCGCAUGUCCGGACGCACAAAGUCGUCCAAAGAAGGCCUUGCCGACCAAGCCAGCCAACCUACUCAGCCCUCCGCAUGA